CAGCUGUCGCUGUCUGUGACGCUCCUGUGACGGUCCUGCUCGGCUCAGCCCUGCCACCAGCACCCAGUGCUUGCAGUCCCCACACAUGGACCUGUGCCAUGUCCCUGCCACCCGGGAGAAGGGCUGGUACCUGGCACUGAUGGCCCCCAACGUCAAAGGUCCCAACUAUGCCUGGCUGGACCCCUCCCGGCUCUACUGCCACCCGCAAGGCUUGCAGGACUGCGUGGCCGACCUGCUGCAGCCCUUCCAGGGAGACGCCAUCGACAUGGUGGCCGGCAUCGACGCCAUGGGCUUCAUCCUGGGCGCCGCAGCCGCUGCCACCCUGCGGAAAGGCUUCCUGGCCAUCCGCAAGGCCGGGCACCUGUGCGUGCCGACGGAGGCGCAGCCCUACAGCGACUACUCGGGCCGCCAGAAGCUGAUGGAGCUGCGCACCGACGCCAUCUCGCCCGGUCUGCGCAUCCUCCUGGUGGACCAGUGGGUUGAAACUGGGGGCACCAUGAGAGCGGCCAUCGAGCUGGUGGAGCGGCUGGGGGGGGUCGUGGCAGGUGUCGCUGCCAUCUGCAUGGAGAGCAGCGAGGGAGGGAAGUGGAUCCAGGAGCGCUACAAGUGCUCCCACUGUGUCCCCCCCCGCCUGCAGCCCCGCUUCGACCAGCACCAGUUUGGCUGGGACUGAUGUGGGAGUGUCACCUCGUGUGUCCCCUGCAGCCCCCCGAGUGACACAGGGCUGCUGGCUCUGCAGGACAGGGAUGAUCCUCGGUGGAAAAGGAACUCGUCCUCAGUGGCAGCCACCCAUUCUCCUGCUUGCCUGUGAGCCUGGGGGCUGCACCCAGUGACAGGGAGACCCACAGCCAGCCCCAGCCCCCUACCCCCAGCCCCACGUCUUUCUUACAAAGCAUAAAAAAUAUUUUAUUAAGACAAAA